AAAAAUAUAAGACGGCUAUCUGUGAUCAGAGAUGGCGGGCGCCUCCGACCCCCUGGAAGAUAUGCUUUUUUCAGAGGUGGAUGAAAAAGCCGUGAGCGACCUGGUGGGCUCAUUGGAGUCACAGCUUGCUGGACAAAGCAACCCAGUGGGAAAAACAGACGAAAACGGAGGCGCUGGCUCUGUGGCCCCCGCUAACCAUCACUUAGGAAAAACGCUACCAGCUCCAGUGAGCACCACAACACUAGAACAACAACAACAAGGACGGCGGAAUAAACCUGAGAUGCGCCAGGAGAUCAACUCCAAAGACGGGAGCCAGGAUAAAACUGUCACAUCUCCUCCGCUGGGCUGCACCCCUUCUUUUGGCGAGCCAUCCGCCACUUCGGCUGCCUGUGUGAACGCCACUAGCAGCGGCUCGCAAUCACAUGGAGCAUCCAUCACAACACUGACUGCAUCUGGUGUGUCAACUUUGGCAUCUCCGCCGGCCAGCAUCAGCACCACCACCGCAUCCAGCCGCGGCUCCAAGCUUUCCCCGGGCACAGCGGAGACGUCGACGGAAGCGAACCCGCCGAGAAAACGCAUCGCGGCGCCGCGGAGGAGCGCUUCGGCUCGGAUAAAGAGUUUGAACGGUGCGGCUGUGACGACGCGGAGGAACAGCAACACAGCGGUAGCCGACAGCGUUAGCCCCGUGGAGACCACCGCAACUACACCAAACUCUACCCGACCCCUCACGUCCUCUAUUAACACGUCGACUUUCACCUUAUCCAACGCCAGCCUGCCUGUGGGGCAGUCGGCUAUUGCUCUCGACCGGGGGACUCCUACCAUCGCUCUGCACAGACUCCCCAGUCAUAUUGUAGCCAGUAUAGCCCAGAACGGCAACGGGACCAGCGUGUCGGCCCUGGUCCAGCAGGGAGCCCGCAUAGGACCCGUCACCUCCGCAGCUUCCCCGGGAAACCACGACAAAGCGGUUACAGACACUGGGGCUUCCAAAACAGACGACUGUCAGUCCAAAAUUGUAAUGUCAACCCAGUCUAGUAGUGUCAACUCUGUAAUAAACACUGUUUCUCCUGCUUCCUCUGUUGUCACGCCGACAACUACUACAGCAGCAGCUACAACCACCACAACAGUAACCCAGCCUCUGAGCUCUGCCUCCACUGCAGCUGUCACAGGGAUGGCAGCUAGUUCUGUGUGUGGGACUGCUCACACUACAUCAGUGACCACCACUGUCAGCAUGGUCAGACCCACAGCUCCCUCCCCAACGCCCGCUGUGGCCACCCCUGCACAGCCUCAGCCCCGUCCUGGACUUACAGCACCUCAGAGGAUUGUAGCGCCCCAGCUGAUUGUCAGACCACCUCAGCAGCAGACCACCAUUCAGCUGCCCCCUGGGUUUACCAUCCCACCGGGGAUGGUGUUGGUACGCACGGAGUUAGGCCAACUGGUCAUGGUUCCCCAGCAGGCUUUGGCUCAAGCUCAAGCUCAGGCUCAGGCUCAGGCUCAGGCCCAGGCCCAAAACAACAUCUCUCCUCGACCUGCUACACCCACCACAGGGGCAUCCUUCAGAGUAACAACUCCACAGCAGUCUCCUGUGACCUCUCAGACUACCAGGCAGUGUCCUUUGACUCCGGCCAAGGUGGUACCGUCUCCCUCUCCCACCUCUUCCAGCCCUGCCCUCCAGACCUCUUCCUCUUCCUCUUCUUCCUCCUCCUGCCCUGCACUCCGCCCAAAGGGCCCCGUGGCACCGGCCGUGGCUGUGACGGCUCCGCAGCAGACCCCCGUGGUUAUGGCCCCCCAGGCUCCAGCCCAGUCGGCCUCCCAGCCAGUGCAGCCUCAGCAGACGGGCAUCGCCGCGGCCCCCGGAGCUCCUGUCGUGUCCCAGGAAAUGCAAGAGAAUGUGAAGAAAUGUAAGAAUUUCCUGGCCACACUAAUCAAGUUAGCAUCUCACAAUUCUCCAUCCCCUGAGACCUCCAAGAACGUCAAGGCUUUGGUUCAGGACCUGCUGGAUGCCAAGAUUGAACCGGAGGAGUUCACCAGCCGGCUGCAGACUGAGCUCAAGUCGUCUCCGCAGCCUUACCUGGUGCCCUUUCUCAAGAAGAGCCUCCCGGCCCUGAGGCUGUCUUUGCUGAAUAGUCAGCAGUCCCUGACCCAGCCCCCGCAGCAGGGAGUCAAACCAGCACCCUGCGGCACCCCUCCUGCCAUCAUGGCUGGGCCAGCUGUCCGCAUACGCCACCCUAACAGCGUCAGCACCACCACGGGUGCCAAUACACUGCCUGCUGGGACACUCGGACAUGCAGCUGCCGUGGGUGUCAAAACAGGAGGCGCUGUUGGCGGCCAGGUUCGGAUGCCCGUGGUGAUCACACAGUCCAUCAGAGCGCAAGGCACAAUGGGAAAGGGAGCCAUCAUCCAAGCAGGCAAAAGUCCCAUGGGCCUGCCUGUUCAGAUCUCUGGGAAUCAGAAAAACAAGCUCAACGACCCCGGAGGAGGCUCUUUCAGGGAUGAUGACGAUAUCAAUGACGUGGCGUCUAUGGCCGGGGUAAAUCUGAACGAGGAAAGUGCAAGAAUACUCGCCACCAAUUCAGAGCUGGUGGGAACGCAGAUUCGCUCAUGUAAAGACGAGGCCUUCCUCCAUCCGGGACUGCUACACCGACGAAUUCUAGAAACAGCUAAGAAGUUUGGUGUUACGGAGGUCCCCAUGGAGGCAGUGACAUUCAUCUCACACGCCACGCAGUCACGACUUCGGACUGUGGUAGAAAAGGUUUCUACAAUCGCACAGCACCGACUGGACUCCUGUAAGGACGAUGAGUGCUACGAGCAGUCUGCAGACGUUCGCUCUCAGCUUCGCUUCUUCGAGCAGCUGGAGAGAAUUGAGAAGCAGAGGAAGGACGAGCAGGAGAGAGAGAUCCUUUUGAAAGCCGCUAAAAGUCGCUCCAGGCAAGAAGACCCAGAGCAAGCUCGACUGAAACAGAAAGCUAAGGAGAUGCAACAACAAGAACUGGCCCAGAUGAGACAGCGAGAUGCCAACCUUACAGCACUAGCCGCCAUUGGACCCCGCAAAAAACGUAAAAUGGAUUCGCCAGGGGCCACACCAUCAGGGACCGAGGUUUCCGGCAGCACGGCGGGCUCCCCUGCCAGCUCCUCUGCCCCGUCCACCUCAUCACGCCAGUACACGCGGCAACGCAUCACUCGCGUCAACCUCAGGGACUUAAUUUUCUACAUGGAGCAGGAGAGAGAGACCGCCCACUCCCUCCUCCUUUACCGUGCCCUGCUCAAGUAGCCUCUGCUCCGCUCAGCGCCCACCUCAACCUCCUCCUCCUCUUUCCCAGCCACGUGCCUUCAGAUCAGGUCUAAUGUUUCAGCUCUGUGUUUCCAUAUGUACUGUAGUGAUGUUUGAUGUAGCUUUUAAUAACAAGAGAGAUAGAGAGAGGGAGAAAAACAAAACAAAAAAUAAAACUGUUGUUCCAUGUCUUCUCCGUUUAGCUUCGCGGUGUGUAGUUAGAUCAUUGAGUUUAAAGGCCGUAUCAUAUUCUUUUGUUGAAGUUGGAUUUGUUCGAGGAACGAUGUGUUUAUGUCACAGCACUUGACCCAGAACUUGCUCCGUAUAUUCUGGGUAGAUAUUUAUUGGCAGAAGCUUCAAUGAACAACCCAAAAAUAGGCAUUACUUUGGCUAAGAGAAUUAUGUCCACACCUUGAUACAGCCUAGAAUAUUCUUCAUGAGCUAUUUGUCAUAGUUCAAUGAAUGUAGUCCAGCUGAACUUGAUAAUCUUUACGGAUUUCUAGACCAACACGUCAGUUUGAAAUAUUCAGAUUCCAAAUAACAGCAGUGUUCAAAUUUCUUCAUUGUAUGUGUAAAUAGUUCUUUUUGAAUUAUUUUACAGCAUGUAUAUUUUUAUCACAUGUAAGCUUUGUAAGAAAAAGGAAUAAUCCAUGUGUCAAUAUUAAGAAACCUGAUGUUUUGUAAAACCCUGUGCUUUGAAAGAGUCAAAUUUAGACAGUUUAUUCUGUAGAGUAUUGUUAUGAGGCAGACUCCUGACCCUUCUGCAAAGGUCAUUUAACACAACCACGGUCCGCACUAUGUGACACUAGCUUCCAAUAGGUCACCCUUGUUGAGUCAUUUUUUAUUUUUUUUAACCACACAAAAUGUGAACAUUGUUUUUAUAACUAGUUGUAACUUGUGUCCUACAGUAUAAUGCCAGUUUUAGAAGGUAAAUUUUGGUGAUGCUCUAGGUGGGUUGGUGUCUGGGGAGAAUGAAAACAGACAUUCCUUUAUCUCUCACUCUCAUUCUACCAUCUGCACAUUACUGAAGUUAGAAAAAAAAACACAUUUCAACUGUUCUCAAGGGGGCCCCUGGAGCAACAACACUACCAUCACCACCCACACUUUGAUAAGGACUGAAUGACAAAGGUAAUCCAUGAAGCGUUUUAGUGCGCAGCACUUCUACUUGUUUGUAUUUUGAUUCGAAAUUAAACAUCACAGCUGUAAAGUCAUGUGUAACUGUGGAAGGAAACGGUUCAAUGAUUCCAGCCUAAAACUGAUCCCACUUUGUUUUGUCUCUCUUUGCUGAAGAGAGCUAUGGGACAAAACACCUGCUUUUUAUAUGUCGUCUUGCAUUUUCGCCUUGUCAUUUUUUAUUAUUUUUUAAAAAUCCUUAUUGUAUUAUGUAAAAUUGUCCAUUCCGGGUUUUUUGUUUGUUUUUUCUAUUUAACUAAAUAUCUUGGCCUCUAUGCAGCUUUUCUUGUCAUAUUGAAAUUUAUUUAAAUAUGGGUGACAGUUGAAACAGUUGUUGUGCAUUGUACAUUUUGACAGCACUUUUUUUUAUCUAUUUUAUCUGACAACUAAAAGCUGUUACUGUAUUAUAGCAAAGAAAUUACUCUUUUAAGUAGUAAAUGGUAUUGCCAAUUUCUGUCAAAAGACAAGUAUUUUUAACACUUAAUAUAUUUGGUUUUUUUUGUUUGUUUUUUUUUUUUUAAGAUUGGCUUUUAUGCUUAACAAAGUUUCAUGAAUUUUAUCUCCAAAAUACCACGUUUUAAAACAAGCACAACAAUACCUAUUGUGGUUCUUUCAGAUGAUUUUAUUAAUGAUUUCUAUGGUUUCUGGUGGUUUCACAGGAGGACAUUUCUACUACUACUACUACUACUACAGCAGCUUUUUAGCCAAAAUAUUAGGACAGUAUUCCUGAUGUAAACAGAUGGGGAAAUAACAUUUCAAUGUAAGGAUGAUUUGUAAAUAUUGUUUACAAAACUAUGUGUUUAUUAGAACCACGUUAUUUUUGGUAAACUCUUGUACAUAUCUUGAAAAUUUCCUGUUUGUGUGAAAAAAACAAUACUUAUGUAUUUGUACCUAUUUUGUAAAGGAAUAAAUAAGCUGUUUACUAAACUAAA